ACUGAGAGACAACCAUGCCUGAACCAGCGAAGUCCGCGCCCAAGAAGGGCUCCAAGAAAGCCGUGACGAAGACCGCCGGUAAGGGCGGAAAGAAGAGGAGAAAGUCCAGGAAGGAGAGCUACGCCAUCUACGUGUACAAAGUGAUGAAGCAGGUUCACCCUGAUACUGGCAUCUCUUCUAAGGCUAUGGGAAUCAUGAAUUCGUUCGUCAAUGACAUCUUUGAACGCAUCGCCGCUGAGGCCUCUCGUCUGGCUCAUUACAACAAGAGGUCCACCAUCACCUCCAGGGAGAUCCAGACCGCGGUGCGCCUCCUGCUGCCCGGUGAGCUGGCCAAGCACGCCGUGUCUGAAGGCACCAAGGCCGUGACCAAGUACACCAGCUCUAAGUAAAACUAUCUGAUUCACCGAACACAACGGCUCUUUUAAGAGCCACCCACUACUUUGGAAAGACCGACUUCU